UGUAGUCCACACUCUAUAUAAAGACUCCAAAUUCGGGGCGUUCAGCUUUUAUUCAAAGUGCCAAGAUGAGUCUCAGCACCAAGGACAAAAACACAGUCAAGGCCUUUUGGGGCGUGGCAUCCAAAAAGGCAGACCUCAUCGGGAACGAAGCCCUGAGUAGGAUGGUCUUUGUGUACCCCCAGACUAAGACCUACUUUGCCCACUGGAAGGACGUGAAACCGGGCUCCCCUUCAGUCAAGAAGCAUGGCCAGGUGAUCAUGGGGGGUGUCAACGAUGCCAUUGGCAAAAUUGACAACCUGACCGACGGCCUGGUGGCCCUCAGCGAGCUGCAUGCCUUUAACUUGAGAGUGGACCCGGCCAAUUUCAAGAUUCUGUCCCACUGCAUCCUUGUGGUGAUGGCCAUGCUGUACCCGAAGGAUUUCACCCCAGAGGUCCAUGUUUGCAUGGACAAAUUCCUGGCAAACCUGACUCUCGCCAUUAGUGACAAGUACAGAUAAAUAUUUGAAUCACACCAACCCCAACAUGAUCUAAUUCAAUAAAAGAUCAAGAGCAA